GAGGGAGGGAGCAGGGAGGAGAGGGAAGGAGGAGAAAGGAGAGAAGACAAAAGAUUCAUUAAACUAAAGCAGUUGUGGACGACAGCAAAAGUUCUCGUAAAGCUUUUACCCCUUACAAGUUGAAGGAAUGGGCAGCCUUCCAGUGGUCCUGCUCCUCUGCAGUUUCCACGCACUCACAGCUGUAGCCCAAGCCCAGCAAGCUGAGAGCCCUGGGGCAACUGCAGCUGCCUUACCAGCAAACUGCAGAGAGGAGAUGUAUCCAUGCACCAGGAUGUACUCAGUUCACCGGCCCAUCAAGAGAUGUAUUGGUGCUAUUUGCAUCUACAGCCUUCCUCGUGUCUAUGUCAUCAACAACGAGAUCUGCAUGAGGACAGUUUGUGCUCAGGAUGAGUAUCUCAAAGCCGAAAUGUGCCGAGAGUUGUCUGGGUGGCCCAGGCGUGUUGAGAGGUCAACUCAUAGGAAACGCUGCCGCAAUCGCCGUAGCAACCCUAAAACCUGGGCAAACAAGGCCUAAACAGCGCCCGGGUCGGCGUAAUGACCACCAGUAAGGAUGGAACCCCCAUAGAGACGCACAGCAGGAAUGUUGUUAUAUAAGCAGCCCAUGACACCAUAAAUCCACCACUCAACAACUGGGGGUCUCCUUCUUCCUCUUUUACAUAUACACACAUGUGCUGAGUCAUAUCUAUGUUCAUGUAUUAGUCUUUGUGUAUGAAUUCUGAAGGUUUGUCCAUUUCAUCUGUGUUGUUGGACACAGAUCAUGUCUUCCAUGGUUUGUGAUCCAUUUAGGGUACUGUAGUUAUGGGCCUAUAUAGCAGCACUGAGUCACUCCAUUGUACAAAGAAAGACCCACUUUGUAAGGUACUCAUCGACAAUCUGGUAGUAUGUGCACUUUUGUAACCAAAUAUACAUUUACACACUUA